AGAUUGGCAUAAGCAAAAUAUUCAUUUUCACUUUGACGGCUGUGCUAAGUCGUUGGUCGAUGUCUCUAAAGCAAGCAAGAUAACGACGCUUCACUUUCUUCUCUACAUAAACGUUCUAAGUUCUGUACUUCUCAAUCAUUUAGGCGGGUUGAGUAGAUGGCAAGUAAAUCAACUCAUAUCAGUAUGUCAAGAGAUACGACGAUAUACGGGAGGUUUUAUCAGAACAACGAAAGCAGUUAAUCGCAGAAACCAGAGCACAAUCAAUGGAAUACUUCCUGUAUGUGCGCAGUCAUAUGAGUUGCUAGUCUGCGGGCUCAGCAACAUUAGACUGCACUCUAAGUUUCUGUAUUUUGGAUUAUUUUCGAUGUUUCCGGUUUCAGGCUCGUAUUCGUAUUCGCAUUUAAGGAUUUGUGAUAUUUGUGAUAUUUGUGAUCAAUUCAUUUGUGCACAUAAAAUACUUUUGGAUAAAAAAUACUGCAUUGCUCCAACUUAUGCAUUUUCAUAGUCAAUACCCGUCCGUUUAGGUUUUAGUGAUGUGUGUGGGUGUCUUUACCUAUCUGAAUAUUUGCUAAUCUCGUAGACAUAAUCUUGUGAUAAAAGUUCUUAUCAGAGCACAAAUAAAUUUAAUUGUAUCUGCUUACUCAAGCAAACACAAACAAAAAAUUUUUAGUGAUGUGAUGAUUUUAAUUGCUCAAUACUAGAAUCACCAUAAAAAAAUAAAUUUAUACAUAAUACGCAAUACAUAAAAAAGAUUAUACGUUGAGACUUAAAGCGCAUUCUAGUCUUAUCCAGAUCCCCGGAAAAACUAACGUUAGUCAAUAUUAUUUAAAUGGAACUGCAUUCUAUUAAUAACACACAUCGGGAAACAAAUAUGCCUCGAAAUCCGUUGGAAACCUCGUUGAUACCUUCGCCGGGUGGUAUCCGUCGAACUCCGCGAUCAGCUGCGGCUGUAGCAACUGCCGGAGUUCAAAGGAGACGCGUAAUUAAAAAGCACAUUCAACAAAAGUACCUGCUGUGUGGGUUCGCUAUACAUGCGUUCUUGUCUACUCCUGCUUAUCUCUACGGUAACAUUGUGGAGUCUGAUAAAGAUUUGGUGUUGCGUAUCUGGCCAGCGAUAGUUUUUCAAGCAACCGGUCAACUGUGCCGUUCAAUAUUAGAUCAUUUGGAUACGGAAUAUCGUGGUCGUCCACGUGAAACUUCCCAGUAUCGGCGCGUAUUCCUAUUUGCGACUGCAAUCACCUGUGUUUCGCUAAUGAUAAGUGGCUUUUUCUUCUCCUCGGCAUGGGUUACUGUCACAACAACAACACAAGCAAUAGCAAUCGUUUUCUAUGGUUUUUUCGCUGGCGUUGGUUCCAGCCUAUUUAUCUGGAAAACACACGUAAUAUUCGAAGCAGUUCGUCCACGCGAAGACAAAUUCGUGCGUAAAACAAUUCAAUUAUGCGGUGAGGCAUUUUGUCAACUAUUCUUAUCGUUUGUUUUUACCAGUCUUCGAACACUUUAUGGUACUGCACAAUCUAUUGUCCUCAUGUCAGCACUCUUGGUAAAUUUAAUACCAAUUAGCUUGAUUAUUACACGGCACCACGAAGGAAACUAUCAGUUUGGUUUUCCUUUACCUAAUGGGGGAGUCGUUUCCUUUUGCGGCGUUGGCAGUAUACUGAUUUAA